AUGGAGAACCCAAGCUCCUUGACUGAGCUCUCCACCUUGGUGGAGCGGACUUUACUUGACACUGGUCGAUUAUUUCGAAAGUCCGGCUCUAUGCCUGCCAGUACACAUUUACAGCGUUCAAUCCCAUCAUAUUAUGAGAGUUUUCAGGACGCUUUAGAUAAUCUGUCUGAGCAGAUUUUCAUCGCCAAAGCGUUCUUGGAAAAGGACUACGAGGCGAUCAAAGCACGUGAGGCGGUGCCAGUUACAGAAGAUGUGGCGAUGAGAGAUGUAGAUGAGAAGAUGGUGCAGGACACCCAACCUCAACCAGUGAACGUGAAGAUUGAGCUUGGCACGGAGCCCGGGCCGGAGAUCAAGGCCAAGGCUGAGAAUGAGCCGCCCGCUCCCACUGAACCCGCCCCUGGGCCAGAACCCAGUCCGGAUGCAAUUGUGAAAGAAGAAAGCCAGACCAAUACCAAGGGUCCCACGGACCAAGCCUUCGGUGCUGGCACCGACGGGAUCAAUUUUGAUUCGGUCCUUAAUGAAACUGGCGGGCCUAGUUCCUUUCAACUUAGCCUGGACUUUGGCGACGAUGAUAUGGGGAACCAAGCUUUCCUCUCUGGGACGGCAUUCGGCACUAGUGCGCCCGGGGAAACUCCCGGCACUUCACAGCCGGAGAAUGCUACGGCUAUGGCCCCUGCUGGUGGGGGUGCAUUUGACAUGGAGCUCCAGAAAAGUGAAGGCGAGCCCCAUGCGUUCCCUGAUCAAGGGAAUUCAAUGGAUGAUCUGAUUGGACCUGGAGAGUCUAGCUUUGAUGAUCUAUUCAUGGAGACUGAAAAUAUGGGCGAGGAUGGUACUGGGGAUCUCGAUCAGCUAGAAGGGGAUAGUUUGAUGAAUCUCAAUGAGCUGGAGGAUAAUUGGUUUAGCUAG